AUAUAUUUUGCAUUCAGGCUUAAUAUUACAGGAUUAAUACUGGUGGGGGAAAGCGGGACUAAAAUAUAGGACAUAUUUGCGUGAGGAAAAGGAAGGAAAAUGGAGUUGGAGGACGGAGUUGUGUACCAGGACGACUCGGGGACGUCGGCUAUGAUGUCGGAAAAGGUGUCGGGCUUAGCCAGUUCGAUUUACCGUGAGUUCGAGAGACUGAUCGGUAAAUACGACGAGGAUGUUGUCAAAGAGCUGAUGCCGCUGGUCGUAGCGGUGUUAGAAAACCUCGACUCGGUUUUUGCCGCGAAUCAGGAGCACGAAGUGGAGCUCGAGCUGCUGAAGGAGGACAACGAACAGCUCAUCACCCAGUAUGAGCGAGAGAAAGCGCUGAGAAAGCAUGCCGAGGAGAAGUUCAUCGAGCUUGAGGACUCUCAGGAACAGGAGAAGAAGGAUCUCCAGAACCACGUGGAGAAGCUGGGUUCCCACGCGCGUCAGCUAGAGCUCAAGAUCAAAAACUACGCCGACCAGAUCAGCCGAUUGGAGGAGCGCGAGGCUGAUCUCAAGAAGGAAUACAACUCCCUCCAUCAGAGACAUACAGAGAUGAUCCAUAACUACAUGGAACAUGUGGAGCGCAUCAAGAUGCAACAGACAACAGGAGGAGAGAGCAUUGAGUCUGGGAUGCGGGGAAGAAUUCGGAAAGAGAGGCCCCUCUCUCUGGGUAUAUUCCCAGUGUCUGGUGGGGGUAACUCUCUUAUCCCGGAUGCGGCGGGAAGAGCGGAGACCCCUGGGACGGAAUGCUGGAAGUUGAAUGACCUCAGCCACCCACGUUCCAACACCAGCCUGAAGUUGGACUCAGAAGAUGCUCAAAAGAAAAGGGAGGGUAAGAAUACUCAGGACACAUGGGGGAAUUCUCUGGCAGACGACUGCAAGGAUGAGUUGUCAGAUUUCAGCCAUGGAGGGUCAAAGUCAGCCACGCCCAUGUCCACCACCACCUCUGACCCAGGGCUGGAUGGUGAUGGACAGAGUAGGAGUACAGAGGUCCAGGCCGCCCCUGGUACCCGCUCUGUGUCUGUGGGUUUGACUGAGAAUGAAGAUAAGUCUGAGGUUGAGGCUAUCAUUGAGUCCACGCCUGAGCUGGACAUGGACCUCAGUGGAUAUAAAGGGUCCAGUACCCCAACGAAAGGUAUCGAGAACAUGGCGUUUGACCGGAACACAGACUCUCUGUUUGAGGAGCUUUCAUCGGCGGGAUCAGGUCUCAUUGGAGAUGUGGACGAGGGAGCAGAUCUCCUGGUGGAGUAUUCGGUGCAUGCUAUGUCAGGCCUCAGUUUGAUUGGUAUGGGUCGGGAAGUGGAAAACCUCAUUCAGGAAAACACACAACUGCUGGAAACAAAAAAUGCCCUGAACGUGGUAAAAAACGAUCUGAUAGCACGUGUGGAUGAGCUGUCAUGUGAGAAGGAGGCCUUACUUGAAGAAAUGCACAACCUGACACAGGCGAAAAGCAAACUGGAGGAGAAGAACAAAGAGCUGGAGGAGGAAUUGAAGAAAGUGCGACAGGAAGUGGAGGAGGCCAAACAGACAACUCAAGAAGAAGAUGAGGAGGUGUGUGCUGAAAACAUAAAUCUGUCCCAGAGGAAGCGUUUCACACGUGUGGAGAUGGCCCGUGUUCUGAUGGAGAGAAACCAGUACAAGGAGAGACUGAUGGAGCUACAGGAAGCCAUCCGAUGGACCGAGAUGAUCCGUGCCCAGAGGGAAGAGCCUGUUUACGAAAAGAAAAAAUCCACCAUCUGGCAAUUUUUCAGCCGCCUCUUCAGCUCUUCUUCCUCAGCUCCUCCAGCUUCAUCCACCAACGUGAAGUACAACCCUCCCGGUUCACUGCAGAAGAGAAGCAAAACCUUCUCCCAGUUUCCCACAGAAAAAGAGCUGGCACACAGGCCCAAAGUCUCACCCUUUGAGGAGGUGGACCUGUGCAGCUCUCCGUCACGUAAGGAGCAGAGGCGGGCCCAGUACAGGCAGGUGAAAGCCCACGUUCAGCAGGAGGACGGUAGAGUACACGCCCAUGGGUGGAGCCUUCCUGGCAAGUCGAAGGUGGCUGAUGGAGGACAGACCGAGAAUAAAAUUAAGAGUUUACCCGUACCAGUUUACCUGAAACCCCUGGAGCUCAGCGAUGUCGCCAUGAAGCUGUGGUGUGCUGCUGGUGUUAACCUGUCUGGCGGAGGGAUACACGGUGUUGGCGUGAGGCCUGAGGUCGAGAUGAAGGGAUCUCAGAACAGCCUGGACAAACUGGAGCAGGAGCCUAAGGAGAAAGAGCACAACUUGGAGCAGGAGAUAUCCAGCAGGGUCUGGAUCUGUACCAGCACACACUCUUCCACCAAAGUCAUGAUCAUGGACGCCUCUCAGCCUGACACGCUCGCAGACAGUUUUUACGUCUGUAACUCCCACGUGCUCUGCAUCGCCAGUGUACCAGGUGUUCUGGAGUCAGAUUACCCUGCCGGAGAGGAGGUACCUCAGGACGCAGAGGCGGGACAAGGAGAAGGAUCAGUGACGGGCAGCGCAGUGACUAACAGUCCUCAGGGCAGUGAGGGCGGGAUGAGCGGCUGUCCUGCGCCUGGUAACACAUCAGAAGGAGCAGGGUCUGGGUCUCAGACUGACAGCUCAACCAACGAAUUACCAGCAGAGCACAGUCCCGCCAAAGGUGGAGUGGAGCUGUCCAGGGAGGCCAGUCCUAAUGAGGAUGGAGUGCCCACCGCUGAGGAGGCCACAGAGGCCACUGAGGAGCAUGAGGAGGUGGAGGAAGGGAAGGGUGUGGACUCCAGUCAGCCGGGCAUCUACACCGAGCACGUCUUCACCGACCCGCUGGGCGCACAGCCCAAUGAGACCGCCUCAGACACACACCCCCAGAGGAACUCUGAGCUGGAGCAGGAGAGUGAGGCGUCCACGCAGAACGAGCAGGAUCUGGGCAAGGAGGAGAUCCAGAAAAUGAGCAGUACACUCCCCACCAUGUGGCUGGGGGCCCAGAACGGCUGUCUGUAUGUUCAUUCAUCUGUUGCCCGGUGGAGGAAAUGCCUUCAUGCAGUCAAGCUGAAAGAUUCCAUCCUCAGUAUUGUUCAUGUGAGAGGUCGAGUAUUGGUGGCUCUAGCUGAUGGAACAUUGGCCAUCUUCCACAGAGGGCAGGAUAGCCAAUGGGAUUUAACCAAUUACCACCUGUUAGACCUGGGUAGACCCCAUCAUGCUAUCCGCUGUAUGACCGUGGUUCAUGACAAGGUGUGGUGUGGUUAUAGGAACAAGAUCUACAUCAUCCAGCCUAGGACCAUGAGGAUAGAGAAGUCAUUUGACGCCCACCCGCGGAAGGAGAGUCAGGUUCGGCAGUUGGCUUGGCUGGGCGAUGGAAUCUGGGUGUCCAUUCGCCUGGACUCCACCCUUCGUCUGUUUCACGCCCACACCUUCCAACACUUACAGGACGUGGACAUAGAACCCUACGUCAGCAAAAUGCUGGGUACUGGAAGGCUGGGAUUUUCGUUUGUGAGAAUCACAGCGCUUAUGGUGUCCUGCCAUCGCUUGUGGGUGGGAACCGGGAACGGUGUCAUCAUUUCCAUCCCCCUAUCAGAAUCUGUAGGCCUUCAUCAUGGACACCUUGGUCUCAGGGCAAACAAAACGUCUGGGACAGCACAUUCCCGGCCUGGCGGUGCCGUGCGGAUCUAUGGUGAUGAGAGUUCUGAUGGAGCAAUGCCAAAUUCGUUUGUGCCCUACUGUUCGAUGGCGCACGCCCAGCUCUGUUUCCAUGGUCACCGGGACGCUGUGAAGUUUUUCGUCUCUGUCCCAGGUCAUGUGACUGUGCCAUCAGGAGCGGGGUCAGAGGCGGCGACCGGAGAUUCAGACGGCCAGACAACAGAUGCUCCCUCGCAGGAACUGCUCAGAACCAGAACUGUUCUUGUAAUGAGUGGCGGAGAGGGCUACAUUGACUUCAGAAUGGGUGAUGAGGACGGAGAUGUGGAGAGGACUCUGGAGCCAGCUCUGAAGCAACAGUCCACUCUGGCCAAACCCGAACGCAGUCACAUCAUCGCCUGGCAGGUUACCGUCGGCAACGAGUGACCAGCCAAUCACUGCCUCAGGUCAAACUGUAAACUCUGCCCAAGACCCUGCGUUG